AUGACCUGGGCAGGAAAUCAGACGCUCAUCUCCCACUUCAUCCUCCUGGGCCUCUUCACCCACUCGCCACUGCACCUGUUCCUCUUCUCCCUCAUCAUGCUCAUGUUCCUGGUGGCCCUGUCUGGCAACGGGCUCAUGAUCCUGCUCAUCAACAUGGACUCCCGGCUGCACAGCCCCAUGUACUUCUUCCUCAGCUGGCUGUCCCUCAUGGACCUCAUGCUCAUCUCCACCAUUGUGCCCCGCAUGGCCGUUGAUUUCCUGCUGGGCCGGGGGGCCAUCUCCUUCACGGGCUGUGGCCUCCAGAUCCUCUUCUUCCUCACCCUCCUGGGCGACGAGUGCUUCCUGCUGGCCUUCAUGGCCUACGACCGCUAUGUGGCCAUCAGCAACCCCCUGAGGUACUCAGUGGUCAUGAGCCGUCGGGUCUGCGGACUCAUGGUGGCAGGGUCCUGGCUCUUCGGCCUGGUGGACGGGCUCAUCCAGGCCGUCUUCACCCUGCGCUUCCCAUACUGUGGCUCCCAGGAGAUUGACCACUUCUUCUGCGAGGUCCCCGCCAUCCUGAAGCUGGCCUGUGCGGACACCUCUCUCUACGAGACCAUGAUCUACUUCUGCUGUGUUCUCAUGCUGCUCCUGCCCUUCUCGGUCAUCUCCGCUUCCUACCUGCGCAUCCUGGUGGCCGUGCUCCGCAUGCGCUCGGCUGAGGGUCGCCAGAAGGCCUUUGCCACCUGCUCCUCCCACAUGGCCGUGGUCUCCCUCUUCUACGGGGCCGCCAUGAUCACCUACAUGCGACCCCAGGCAUACCAUUCCUCCAAGCAGGACAAGGUGGUCUCUGCCUUCUAUACCAUGAUCACCCCCAUGCUCAACCCGCUUAUCUACAGCCUGAGGAACAAGGAAGUGACCGAGGCACUCAGAAAACUCCUGGGGAGGUGUCCCUGUGGUGGGCAGCAGGGGUAG